CUGAAGUCAUUGAGAGAGAUUAUUUUCCAGUACGGGAAAGUUGUAAAUAGUUUUCAAUAAAAUUUCGAGUCAUCGCUAAUAUCAAAUGCGUAUCAUAAAUAAAAAGUGAUUACAUGUUUAGUAAGUGAGUGGCGAAAGUGAUGAAAAACCAUUAAGUGUGUGCCUUAUAAAACAAAAAGCUAUCUUCACAUACUUUACCCCAACGCCAUUUUGAGGCGAAAUUUUGUAUUAUAGCGGGUGCGGAGGAUGGCCCGAGGCAGUAGAAUUGUUCUAAUUAACUGACGGACACCGCCGGCUCUCAGCUGGCACAAAUAAAAAUGCCACGUCCGGGCAGUCUGAAAGACCCUGACAUAGCAGAAUUGUUCAGUAAACAUGACCCAGAGAAGAUCUUUGAAGAUCUACGUGAAAUUGGCCAUGGGUCCUUUGGUGCGGUGUACUAUGCCCGAUGUAAUCUCACCAAAGAGAUUGUUGCAAUCAAAAAGAUGUCCUACCUUGGAAAGCAAAGUGAAGAAAAAUGGCAGGACAUCCUAAAAGAAAUCAAGUUUUUAAAACAGUUGGAUCACCCUAAUACCAUAGAAUAUAAGGGAUGUUACAAAAGAGAGCAUACAGCAUGGCUUGUUAUGGAGUACUGCGUGGGCUCAGCCUCGGAUAUUAUUGAGGUCCAUAAACGUCCAUUACGCGAGGAAGAAAUAGCAGCAAUUUGCGAGGGUGUCGUGUGCGGAUUGUCAUAUUUGCACAGCCUGGGUCGCAUUCAUCGUGACAUCAAAGCGGGUAACAUUCUACUCACCGAGAAUGGCACGGUGAAACUGGCGGACUUUGGUAGUGCAAGUAUAAAGUGUCCGGCCAACAGCUUCGUGGGCACGCCGUACUGGAUGGCGCCUGAGGUGAUCCUGGCGAUGGAUGAAGGCCAGUACGAUGGAAAGGUGGAUGUUUGGUCUCUCGGUAUAACGUGCAUCGAAUUGGCGGAGAGGAAACCUCCCUAUUUCAACAUGAAUGCUAUGUCUGCUCUCUAUCACAUCGCGCAAAACGAUUCACCUACACUACAGGCGCCAGAAUGGACGGAUACAUUUAGAUAUUUCGUGGAGGCGUGUAUGCAGAAAAAUCCUCAAGACCGGCCGUCGUCAACCAAGCUGCUGUCUCAUCCGUACAUCACCCGACCGCGCUCGCCCAACGUGCUCGUGGACCUCAUACAGCGCACCAAGGCAGCCGUGCGGGACUUGGACAAUCUCAACUACAGGAAAAUGAAGAAGAUUCUCAUGGUUGAUGCCGACAAUGAGAGUGCUAUCGGUGACAGCGAAGAGACGGCGGAGGAGCGGUCCGGCGGCGACAGCUCCAAGUCCAACUCGGCCACGUCGGAGCACAGCGCGGCGGGCGCGUCCAGCCAGAGCUCGUCGUCCGGCAGUCUGCGGAGGCGGCCGCAUCCCCUGAAUGCAAACCACCAAAAUCAGCAACAGCCGCAAUACCAGCAAUACAACCACCAACCAGCUCACUCCGCCAGAGCUCGCAAGCGUUGGCUUUACUUAUGUUGCUGUUUCAUACGCAGAGAAAGCGAGAGUCCCAUCCCGGGCUCGCACGACGACUACGUCAAUAGGGAAGUGCUCCGGGAUUACGCUAACAGGGAUUCCCUGUGUGAUGACUAUGGGGACGAUUACGCAAACAGGGAAGCGAUCAGAGAGGCCCAGAGGGAAAGAGAGAGGGAGAAACAGGCCAAUGAGUAUAGGGAGUAUGUGAACGCGCCUUCGUCGUGGCAGCAAGAUAGCGGCGAUGAUAACAGGAACACACAGCGCCGGCAGUCGCAUAGAGGUGUCAGCAAUAACGUUUCGGCUGCGAUAUCUCUGGUGUCAGAGCAUGGCGCAAACAACUUCGCAACGAUACGAACAACCAGUAUCGUGACCAAACAACAAAAAGAACACAAUCAGGAGAUGCACGAGCAGAUGUCGGGCUACAAGCGCAUGCGACGAGAGCACCAGGCGGCGCUGCUGAAGCUGGAGGAGCGCUGCAAGGCCGACGUGGAGGCGCACAAGGCGCAGCUCGACCGCGAGUACGACUCCUUGCUGCAGCAGCUCUGCAGGGAGCUGGAGCGCCUGCAGACGAAACAUGCUCAAGAACUUGAGCGAAAAUCUAAGCAGAAUACAGCAGCAGAAAAGAAACUCAUUAAGGAUAUAACAGCACGCCAGGAACAAGAGCGGAAAGCCUUCGAAACGCAACGCAAGCGCGAGUACAAGGCUAACAAGGAGAGAUGGAAAAAGGAACUCAGUAUGGACGACGCCACGCCUAAGAGGCAGAGGGAUGCUACAUUACAGUCCCAGAAGGACAACCUGAAGCAAGCGGAGGCGGCGGAGGAGGCGCGACUGGUCCGGUCGCAGCGCGAGUACCUCGAGCUCGAACUGCGUCGCUUCCGGCGUCGCCGCAUGUUAGCGCUGCACCACAAGGAGCAGGAGCUGCUCAGAGAGGAACUAAACAAGCGACAAACGCAACUAGAGCAGGCACAUGCGAUGUUGUUACGUCAUCACGAAAAGACACAAGAGCUGGAGUACAGACAGCAGAAGGGCGUGCAUGCAUUAAGAGAGGAACAACUAGCCAACCAGCAUGCGACGGAGUUAGCCAAUCAACGCGACUACAUGCAGCGCGCCGAACACGAGCUACGUAAGAAACACGCACUUCAAUUAAAACAGCAACCUAAGAGCUUGAAGCAAAAAGAGAUGCAGAUACGCAAGCAGUUCCGUGAAACAUGCAAGAUUCAGACUCGCCAGUACAAAGCGCUCAAAGCGCAGAUAUUGCAGAUGACACCUAAGGAGCAACAAAAAGAAGUAAUAAAAUCGCUUAAAGAUGAAAAACGUCGCAAGCUUGUGCUUCUUGGAGAACAGUAUGAUCAGAGCAUUAGUGAGAUGCUGCAGAAACAGACUGUACGUCUCGAUGAAAGUCAGAUGAUGGAGUGCCAGCAGCUCAAGAUGCAGCUCGGACACGAGCUGGAUAUGUUGACAGCAUAUCAGAGCAAGAGCAAGAUGCAGGCCGAGGCGCAGCGCAACCGCGAGCGCCGCGAGCUGGAGGAGCGCGUCGCCGUGCGCCGCGCGCUGCUCGAGCAGAAGAUGGAGUCUGAGUGCGCGCAGUUCGUAGCGGAACGAGCCGAACGUACUCGCAUGUUGCACGAGCGUCACGAGCGUGAGCUCGAACAUUUCGACAACGAAAGCGCACGCCUUGGCUUCAGCGCAAUGGCCAUUGCGGAAGGUAGCCGGGAGGGUUACGGCGAAGAGGAACAAUCUUUGUCCGGUUCCAUGCUGUCGCUCGCGCACAGCAACUCCUCCGCAAGCUUCCCCGCCGGAUCGCUGUAACACACAUACACACACACACACACACACACACCGCUCAACAUACGAUCGCACCCCGAUCUCCUCUCAUACCCACCAUAUACGCUUACACAUUUUCCGGUUAGCGCUGUCGCUAGUAGUGGUUGUAGAUUUUGACACUUGUCUAAGAAAGUAUUAUAAAAUAAAUAUAUAGCUUUAUUCGUAGAUUUUCAGCAAUCCCUUUAGGAUUCUGCGUAUAGUAUUAAUGUGGAUGACUUUCAGUGAUUUUAAAAUGCAUAAUUUUUUUAUACUGUUUUGAGGAUGUACAAACAGUAUGCUUAUAAAAGGCUUAUUAUACAGAAUAUAAGCAAAAAUGAGUUAUAUUUUUUUUUUACAUUGGCGAUCUUACAAAUUAGACGAGGUUUUAAUAUGUAAUAGCUAAAAUGCUUUCAUACAUUUUUAAAUAUAAUAUACAUACUAACUGAGGGUGUUUUGACGGAACAUGUAUAAAAAGAAGAAGUCGAUUUUUAUCAAUUUUGUAAAUACAUUAAAAGAUGUAGAUACAAGUGUUGACAUCUUCAUUAUUUUAUCGCUCAAAUAAAUUUAUUUACAAAGGCACAAUGUAACAAAACUGAAACCGAGACAUUGAAUACAAGUCUUUCAUUGUUUUAACAGAAGGUCAUAAAAAUAGUCAACAGAGAUUUAGAUAUUUUAACUAUCAUUAAAAAAAUAUAUUAAAUAAGGAAAGGUCAAAGUAUAUUUUAGAAUACUUAGCGACAGCGCAUCAUUUCAUAAUACAUUUUAUUUAUAACUGAGACUGUCUAGCCCUCCCGUUGUCAGGUUUCCAUUUUAUUCGACGAAAUAUAGCGACGCGCAAUAUAAAAUAUUAUUUAUUUUUAAAGACUAAUUCAUUAUUUGAAUUUAUUCUAUAAUUAUCACAAAUUGAAUUAAACACGACGAUAUUUUCACUUAAUUGUGAAUUUUAUAGAUAAGUAUAACAUAAUAUGAAAAAUAUGUUGCUUAUUAUUUUUUGUUAAUAAUUAUAUUUAUGUUAUUGUAAGUCUUCCAAAAAAUACGACAGUAUUUAAAUUAGCCAAUAUAUAGGGCCCGGGAGGGCGUUUCCUAUACUAUUAAAAUAUUAAGUUUAUAGCACUCCAAAUUAAUUAAUUCUGUAAAUGAAAGCAUUAGUAUGUUUCUAACACUAGAAUUUUUUUUUUAAUUGAAUUAUAUAAAUAAUAUGAAAAUUAUAUAUAUAUGACAACAAUAUUUGCAAUAAGUUAUACUGCAUUUAAAUGCUCAGUGUCGAAACACAAUUAUAAAAGAAAACUUAUUGCCGUAAGACCACUUAGUCUUAGAAACAUAUUUGUGCAGGAAUAAAUGAUAAUUGUAUGUUAAUAAAAGUUUAUUCGCGAUAUGUACCGAGAGCGUGUUUAUUGAUAACAGUGACAUGAGUAUGAAUGAGCCGCUUAUUAGAAGUUUUACUCAGAACGAUACUUGGCUCUGUUGAUUUAAUUGAUGUAAAAUGGUUAUGUAUGAAAGUGAUUCCAUGCAUUCCUUAUACUUCCCUGUUUUAUUGCAAUAUUUGAUGGUAUAAUAUGGUCGUUUUUAGAGUUUUCUUUAAAACGUGACGUGGAGAAAAAUUAUUCUCAUAUAUAUAAUGCAAUAUUGAUAUAACGCCAUUUAUGAUCGGUAAUGCAUUUUAUAUAAAAAGAGGAAAAUAAAUAACGAUUGGGCCGUCCAACCACGUAUGUACCAAUCAAUAAAACAACAGAGCGAAGCCUAAGUAGGAGGCAUGGUUAAAACCAUAAAUCUAGUACUCUUGAUCUAUUCUUGUAUAAUAUUUAGUCUAUCGUAAGUUUCUAGGGGUUCUAGCCAAUUUUUCAUCUUGAGCCCUUUCAAAUAAUUCAAGAUUGAAAAAUUCCAUAAUAGUAUACCGCGAGAAAACGUCAAAUGAUAUUCUAAGGUAAACUUUGUAGUGUAACCGGGAAAUGUUCAUCCUCAAAGUAUACGCUUAAGAUGUUCGACAAAUUAAAGGCAUUAAGUAGGCGAAUGUAGUCGCCGACGCCGGCCCCGCGCGCCUCACACGCUUGUAACUAUUCGACAGAGGUAUAUUAUUAUUUAUAAUAUUAGAUAGUCAAAAUUCUUAUAUUCAUAUCACUAGUUUUAAUUUAGGCGCCAUUUUUAUACAUAAUAUUUAGUAUGUUAAACUUAUUUUAUAAAGCGACUAAAAGUGUUUGAGUUGGCCUAGAAUUUUAUUUCCUCUGUUAGAUAUUGAAAUUGAACCAAUGUUAAGUGAAUUAUGCUUGCGUUAGAUGAUUUUUAGACUUUAAAUAUGUAUGUAACACGCUUUAUUAUAUGAAAAAUGCAGGUGCUGUGUAUUGAAUGUUGUAUAACUGACUGCUAAUUAUGUUUUGUAAAUAUUAUAAUAAUAUAUAUGUAUGUAACAUAACAAACACACAAUUUGCCUUACCGGUGGCGGGACGCGCGCGGCUCGGCGUUUUGUAUAUAAAGAACAAUAAUAUAUAAUUAACUAUUACAUAGUUUGUUACUUUUGUAAGAAGCGAGUGCGGUAUGGUGUACAUUGAAGUGCGACGCGUGGCGCCCCCGCGCGGGGAACUGCAAAGUGCUAUUUUUUUUUAAUUAGUAUUCUAAUACAUUGUUGUAUUGUCAACUAAGCUUACCAGUCAUGUAUGUAUAGACGAAUACAUAUUAUUAUUUAAUUUAACGCCGAUUUUAGUCAUAAUUAUCCAAAUUUAGUUAAUUAUUAUUUUUAUUGUAUUCUCUAUCUAUUCCUAUAUCACAUUGCUUGUAAGCAUCACACUAUGUGAUCGUUUUGUAUUAUUUGAGUCUGUUAGUGGUUUAUUAUUAAGAUAUUUCAAGAUUCGAGAC